AUGGGAUGCGCCGAUGCAUUCGACUGCCAUUUGAAUUUAUGGGUAAAAGGAUACGACUGGGACCAACCACUUUCCAACACAGAGACAAUUCAGUGGCAAAACACAUGCGACAAAAGCACGGAGUUUUCGAAGAGCAUACCUCGACACGCUCCUUCGCACGCGUUCGCAGCAUGUAAUUAUGUAAGAUGCGUUGAUAAAAGUACGAUCAACUCUCACUUACUUGUGCAUGCUCUUGCUGAAGAUCGAGUAGCUUGGACAGAGCCAUGCUCAAAACCAAUACCAACACAGGUUAGACCGAUGGUGCAAACGGACAACUUUAAUUUUCGAUUCGUAUGCUUGACGUGGAUGAUCAUUGAACUCCUAUUACUGAGUUCAAAAAAUAUCAAAGCAUCAUACAUUGCCACGCGGUCUUGA